AUGUUCUUGCAACUUGGUCAAGUCCCAACUGUUAUCAUUUCAUCUUCAAAAGCAGCAGAAUUAUUCCUCAAAACCCACGACAUCGUUUUUGCAAGCCGACCAAAGAUUCAAGCAUCUGAGCUCAUGGAUUACGGUUCUGUCCUUAUUGGCGAAAAAGCUGCUUUGGUGGGUGAGGUUGUGAAUGUUAGUGAUGUUGUAGAGAAUCUUGUUGAAAACAUCAUGUAUAAGAUGAUAUUAGGUAGAAGUAAGUAUGAGCAAUUUGACUUGAAGGGAUUGGUUCAACAAGUAAUGAUUUUGAUUGGAGCUUUUGAUCUGGCUGAUUAUAUUCCUUGGUUAGGGGUAUUUGAUCUUCAGGGAUUAACACGAGCAUUCAAGAAAACUAGUAAAUCACUUGAUGAAGUACUAGAGACGAUAUUAAGAGAUCAUGAACAAAUUGAUAAUGUAGACACAAUUCAUAAUGAAGACUUCAUAGACACACUUCUAUCAAUUAUGCACCAAACCAAUGAUCUGGAAAAUGAACAAAAUCAUGUCAUCGAUCGAACCACCAUCAAGGCAAUUAUACAAGACAUAAUUAUGGCAGGAAUUGACACAUCUGCUGUCGUGAUUGAGUGGACGUUAUUUGAACUUUUAAGGAAUUCAAGGGUGAUGAAAAAGCUUCAAGAUGAGAUAGAAAAUGAAGUAGGACAUAAUACAAUGGUUGAAGAGAAAGAUUUGAAGAAAUUUGAAUAG